GUCUUUAGCGGUUUCUGCACGGCACUAGUGUAGUACAGAGAAGUGCAGAGAGUAGUGCAUAUGCAUAUGCAGUGUAAUGAAAUUCAGUGUAUAUUAGUAUAGUUAUACAUAUGUAUAUAUAUAAAUUUUUUUUCUAUGUACACGAUAUACACAAGUAAAGCUUAUGACCGAUCAUAGAGUCGGUUCAUAUGCCCGCGGACUUUUAUUUCUUCUCCACGCACCUCAUAGUCAACUUUAAAUUAUUUACACAGUUGGUUAAUUUAUUUUCAUUUAAAUCGACCAUUUUUUACUUUAUAUAUUUUACAAUCGGUUACAUAAAUAAAUACUUUUAGUGUCAAUACAUUUAUAUGUAAUUAUAAAAAUAAAUAUUUAUAUAUACAUAUAUAUAAAUAAUAAAUUUAUAAAAGUGUUUUGUGAAAAUGAAGAGACGAAGAUGCAAAGACAAUCUCACGCCAGAUGUCACCAAGUAUCGAGUAAAAGAAUUUGCAAAAUUAUCCGAGUACGUAGAAAGUACUGAGGAAGACAGGAAAAGUAUAAAUGGCAGUGAAAAUUUGAUAGCCGACCCCGCAUUAUUAAAAAUAGUCGACGCUGUCUGUUUGACAGAUCAAGAGAGACAUGAUCAGCAUCAAGAUCAACAUGAGCUGUCAGAUAGCAAUCAUGACUUACACGCUCAUGAUCAUGAUCAGCAGCUUCCUGAUCAUGACAAUCAACUACUCGAUCACAAAAGUCAUGAUCAGAGUUUAUCAGAACUACCAGAUCAUCACCAGCUAAAGCAAGAAUUAAAUUACCCAGAUGGCGGGGAUACCGUGGGCGUACUGGAGGCGGUCCGACCGGAAAUUGAAAAUGGCGUCCUGGUCGAAGCAAACACUGAGCCAGUGUCUUUUGUCCUUUCAUCAAAGGACAAUUCUUACACAAUACAUCACACCUUGGACUAUCAGUCGCCCCACAUCAUAAUGUCCAGGGAUUAUUUGGUAGUCGGGUCUCCUUACGGAGUCAGUCAUGAAGAGGAUCAUCAUCAUCACCAACAAACACCUAAUUCCCUCCAUCAGCAUCACUUACACGAUCAUCAGCAGUAUGGCCAGCAGCUUGUCGGUAGUGGGAGCAGCGGCGGGGUAAACGAGGUACCGAUCCCUGAAGGAGGGGAUAGACAUCCGUCUGAGGUCUCGCUCACAACAGAGGGAAAUCAUCGAGUUAGUAGUCACAUGCCUCACUCUACGAUGCAUCGGCACGCAACUGAAACGCUCUCACAGUCAGUAGAACAUCACCAACAUCAACAUCAGCAGCAUCAACACCAACAUCAUCAGCAUCAGCAUCAGCAUCUGAGUGAUCCCUCAUUGAUACGACAUCUACAAGUGCCACAACAUCAUCAUCAUCAUCAAGAGGCUGCUGAAAGGGUCAGUGGAAUUGUCGCGGCCAUGAGAGGAUCACGUAGUGAAUAUUCACCAUUGGGUGUAAUGUUUCCAAAUCUAUCUAUGGCCGGUUCUACGGCUGGUUCCGUUGAUGUUUCUAGUGCUCAGCAUUUGGAUGAAGUUCUACCAGAAGACCCGUACUUGUCACAUCAUAUCAGAGGUUCUAGUGGUGGUGUAUCGCCGAGUAACGUUAGAACUGGAAGCUCACCCGGUUCUAGUCGCAGCCCUCGUGAUGACCAGGGAUUAUCACCCCAUCGAUCAUCAUCCGCGCACGUAAAUAAUUCACAGACAGACGACGGGUACAGUCCCAAUGACCAAAGCAGACUGCAAAAUUUUACUCAUCUGACUUCGAUGCAGCCACCUGGUGUCCAUCAAUCGCUUCAGGACUCUGAUCGCGUUUCGGAUUUAUAUAUGGUUUCAAUUUACAAUCCUGCGGCUACUCCACAUCAUCAUACUGAUCAUGAUCAACCUCCGACUUCUCAUUCCCCUUCUGGACCACUUUCCAGUUCAUCAUCUCUGUACCGCAGUAUGACUGGAGUCGGUUCGAUGGGAGGAGCAGGUGCUGGUUAUACUUUGCCUUACAUGAACAGUCCUACAGAUCUAGCUGGUUCUCCUCAGCAACUCUGGAAUUCAUCAAGUCUUGGUACAUCACUACCACCAAUAUCUGAUGACUAUGGUUCUAAAUCAUCGGCUACGGUGACUCACCAAAGUCUACCGGCAUUUUCCCAACCAUUCGGGGGUCGCCCGAGCUUUAGAGGGUACAGUCCUCCUUAUACUUCACAACAAACAUCUGGUGGAUCUGGAGGAAACGCGACAGGGGAUCCCAAUACCUGGUCUUAUCCUUCAUCGGCUGCGGAAUCUCUUACUUCUCAGUACGGAAGCGUCGCGACGCCCUCGAGACGUCAAACAUCUAAUUCGACAUCUCAUUCCCAAUUGAGUGCCGCCGCGAGCCUUUCAGCGAUGCACAACAUCGAGGCGGAAUACUUUACGGAGGGUCGCGAGUGCGUGAACUGUGGGGCGAUAUCGACCCCCCUUUGGCGAAGAGACGGCACGGGACAUUAUCUUUGCAACGCCUGCGGCCUCUACCACAAGAUGAAUGGAAUGAACCGGCCACUAGUAAAACAACCACGGCGACUGUCAGCGUCGAGGCGCGUGGGUCUGUCUUGCAGCAAUUGUCAGACGACGGUAACGUCUUUGUGGCGCAGAAACACUUGCGGGGAGCCGGUCUGCAAUGCCUGCGGACUUUACUACAAACUCCAUAAUGUCAAUAGGCCAUUGGCUAUGAAAAAAGACAAUAUUCAGACGCGCAAGCGUAAACCAAAGGGUGGUAUGAAGUCUUCGGACACUCCGAUCAACCACAACAUUCCGUCAUGUGUUAUUAAUAAUAAUAAUAAUAAUAACAAUAACAAUAAUGUUGUUAAUAACAACAUUAAAUUAGAACCAGAUUACUCUGACUUAAGAAUGAGCCAUUCGAAUAUAAACCAAUCAUACGCAAGUUCGCUGUACGGCGGAAAUGGACAAUCUAGCAGAAUUAUUUCAUACCAACCCACAGCACAGACUGUUUAUUACGACAUGCUCGCGUCCCAACAGCACCAGCAUCAGCAACAGCAGCAUCAGUUACUUGAGUGUCAUUCGCCUAAAGUUGAAUGCUCCUCCCCAUCAAACAAAGGAUCUCCUGCGUUAUUAUCAGCGAGUCAUUCUCCAGAUCAUCAUCUAAACUCUCCUCACAUCGUAACUCUCGGUAACUCUUCGCCAACAACAACUAGCAGUAAGCUUAUGCUCGAUAAUAAUCAUCUAGAAAGACCAACCGUCGUAUCAAUAUCAUCGUAAAAUAUUAUUUUUUAAUUAUAUUAUUUAAAUAUAACACUAAAAUUUUUUUUUUCUUUAUUUUUUAAUGAAAUAAUUUCGUCAAUUAUUUCUGUAAAUAAAAUUUAUUGACUUUUUUAUUUCUUUUUUUAAUCAACAUGUUAUAAAUAAAUCAAUUAAGGAGUUAACUGACACUAAAAUUGGAAAAAAAUAAACAACAAUUCAAUAAAAAA